AUGCCAAACAUCAAAAUCUUCAGCGGCAGUUCUCACCAGGACUUAUCCCAGAAGAUUAGAGUGGAGUGCCUGGGCCUCGAGCUCAGCAAGAUAGUAACUAAGAAGUUCAGCAACCAGGAGACCUGCGUGAAAAUUGGUGAAAGUGUGCGUGGAGAAGAUGUCUACAUCGUUCAGAGCGGUUGUGGUGAGAUCAACGACAGUCUAAUGGAACUUUUGAUCAUGAUCAAUGCCUGCAAGAUCGCUUCAGCCAGCCGGGUGACUGCAGUCAUCCUGUGCUUCCCUUACGCCCAGCAGGAUAAAAAGGAUAAGAACUGGGUUCCCAUCUCUGCGAAGCUCGUAGCAAAUAUGCUGUCUAUAGCAGGUGCAGAUCACAUUAUCACCAUGGACCUACAUGCUUCUCAGAUCCAGGGUUUUUUUGACAUCCCGGUAGACAAUUUGUAUGCAGAGCCAGCUGUCCUCAAGUGGAUAAAGGAGAAUAUUUCUGACUGGAGGAAUCCUGAUGCUUGCGGAGCCAAGAGGGUCACUUUCGUUGCGGACCAUUUGAAUGUGGAUUUUGCCUUGAUUCACAAAGAACGGAAGAAAACCAAUGAAGUGGGCAUCAUGGUGCUUGUAGGUGAUGUAAAGGAUUGGGUGGCUAUCUUUGUAGAUGACAUGGCUGAUACUGGUUGUACAAUCUGUUAUGCGGCAGACAAACUUCUCUCAGAAGGAGCUACCAGAGUUUAUGCCAUCUUGACUCAUGGAAUCUUUUCUGGCCCAGCCAUUGCUCGCAUCAAUGGCGCAUGCUUUGAAGCAGUAGUAGUCACUAACACCAUACCUCAAGAAGACAGGAUGAAGCAGUGUAGCAAAAUCCAGGUGACUGACAUCUCCAAGAUUCUUGCUGAAGCCAUCCGGAGAACCCAUAAUGGAGAAUCAGUCAUGUUCCCUUGUAAUGGAAUGACAUAA